AUGGAUCCCAUAGAAAGUCAAAUGGAAGUAGACGAUUUUGACAAUAAUGUUGAUAACGAUGACAAUUAUGAAGAAGAGGUUUCCUACAUAAUUUUAGAUUUAGGAACCGAAGUUACACUUGAUAUGAUUAUGUCGAAAAAUAGAAUGAAUAACAUCAACAUUAAUGAUUCAGAUGAACAACAACAGGCAACUAGUAGUAAUAAAGUUGUUGCUGGUGUUAAUGUCAGUAAUGAUGAUGGUAGUGACGUACAACAACAAGAUCUUCCUGAAAAUACAAAUGCUAAUCAAAAUAGUAUUACUUAUUCUUUAAUUGGAUUAGAAACAGAUGCACCAUAUUUACGUAUUGGUAGUUUGUAUUUCAAAGGCGAAUUUGAUGAAAUGAUUGGCACAGAUUUAGUUUUUUCUCAAGAGCCUGGAUAA